AUGGGGAUGCUCAGCCUGCCCGGCUUUCUGUCCUGCGGCAAGAAGAAGGACUUCAAUUUGACAAAUGAAAAAGAUGCCCCUGACAACGAUGAGAACUCGGAGCGUGGCAACUGGUCCAGCAAAAGCGAUUACCUGCUGUCCAUGGUGGGCUAUGCCGUGGGCCUGGGCAACGUCUGGCGCUUUCCCUACCUCACCUACCAGAAUGGAGGAGGUGCUUUUCUAAUACCCUACACUCUAAUGUUGGCAUUAGCCGGCUUGCCCUUAUUUUUCAUGGAAUGUUCCCUGGGACAGUUUGCCAGUCUAGGGCCAGUUUCCAUCUGGAGAAUACUACCAUUGUUUCAAGGAGUGGGCAUCACAAUGGUCAUGAUCUCAACAUUUGUGACUAUCUACUACAACGUUAUCAUUGCUUAUUCACUCUACUACUUAUUUGCCUCAUUUCAAAAAGUGCUGCCAUGGUCAGACUGCUUUUCCUGGGCAGAUGAAUUCUGCAGCAAGACACGAAUAGUAAGUGACUGCAAUGCAACCUUGCAUGGGGAAAUCAUUCAUGCAAACUACACAUUCAUCACAAGCAACAAUCUCACAUGUUUAAAUGGCACCAUAAACUACAAGCCAGUGCAAUUUCCCAGUGAGCAAUACUGGAACAAAGUGACCCUGCAGCGCUCGAGUGGGCUGGACGAGACCGGCAGGAUCGUGUGGUACCUGGCGCUCUGCCUCCUCCUCUCCUGGAUUAUUGUUGCAGCUGCCCUGUUUAAAGGAAUAAAAUCUUCUGGAAAGGUUGUCUACUUUACUGCACUCUUCCCAUAUGUCAUCCUGCUCAUCUUGUUGGUGCGAGGUGCCACCCUGGAAGGUGCUUUGGAUGGCAUUGAAUACUACAUUGGGAGCCAGUCCAACAUCACCAAGCUGAUGGAGGCAGAGGUUUGGAAAGAUGCAGCCACCCAGAUAUUUUACUCCCUGUCUGUAGCAUGGGGUGGGCUUGUUGCUUUGUCUUCAUACAACAGGUUCCACAACAACUGCUACUCAGAUGCCAUAAUAGUUUGUGUGACCAACUGUGUCACCAGCAUAUUUGCUGGGUUUGCAAUAUUCUCCAUCCUGGGACACAUGGCAUUUGUGUCCGAGAGACCCGUCUCAGAGGUCGUGGACUCAGGGUUUGAGCUGGCCUUUGUAGCCUACCCAGAGGCUCUCUCCAAGUUACCAGUUUCUCCUCUGUGGUCCUUUUUAUUUUUCUUCAUGCUCCUGCUCUUGGGCCUUGACUCCCAGUUUGCCACCAUAGAAACACUUACAACCACCAUUCAAGAUAUAUGUCCCAGAGUGAUGAGAAAAUUAAGACUGCCUGUAACCCUAGGUCUGUGUGCACUGCUCUUUUUACUUGGGCUUAUCUGUGUUACUCAGGCAGGAAUUUACUGGGUUAACCUAAUAGAUCACUUCUGUGCUGGAUGGGGAAUUCUUAUUUCAGCCGUCCUGGAGAUAAUAGGCAUCGUCUACAUUUAUGGAGGAAACAGGUUCAUCGAAGACAUUGAAAUGAUGAUUGGAAAGAAGAGCCGUUUCUUCUGGCUGUGGUGGAGAAUAUGCUGGUUUUUCAUCACUCCUAUGCUGUUAAUGGCUAUUUUGAUCUGGUCUUUGGUCACAUUUUCAAGUCCCACUUAUGGCUCAGUGUUAUACCCAACCUGGGGAACUGCUGUUGGCUGGUGCAUGAUCAUCUUCUGUGUCAUCUGGAUUCCUAUUGUUGCUAUUGUAAAAAUAUAUAAAGCUGAAGGAAACCUUGUUCAGCGCCUUGUCAGCUGCUGCCGGCCUGCAGCAAACUGGGGCCCCUACCUGGAACGUCACCGAGGGGAACGGUAUAGCCACAUUGUGGAUCCCAAGAAGAAAAAGGAGCAUGAGAUUCCCACUGUGUCUGCCUUUGUAUACAAGCAACAAUGA